CUGUCCAAUACAAUUUCUUGCAUGACAGUGGACCGUCCGUCUAAACAUGGCUAGAAACUUGUUAUACCGAGCUGCUGAUGUCGUCCAGCUCUGCAGGUCGACACUUCUGACCGGGGCACGUCCCCUAAGCACACAAACCCAAAUGGAUCCGCUUACUGUCAGGCUCCAAAAAAAUGGAAUAAGGAAUAUUACGCUGAACAAUCCCAGGAAGCGGAAUGCUUUAUCCCUUGCAAUGUUGGACUCCCUGCGAGAGGACAUUCUAGCUGACAUCGACAGCGAAGACCUCAGGGUCAUCAUCAUUUCUGCAAAGGGCCCUGUGUUUUCUUCUGGACAUGACCUGAAGGAAUUGACGUCAGCACAGGGAAGAGAGUACCACAACAACGUGUUCCAGACCUGCUCAGAGGUUAUGACUUUAAUUCAGGAGAUCCCUGUGCCUGUUAUUGCGAUGGUAAAUGGGGUUGCCACGGCAGCAGGUUGCCAACUUGUUGCAAGUUGUGACAUUGCCGUGGUAACAGAGAAGUCCACCUUUGCUACUCCAGGAGUCAACGUGGGUCUGUUCUGCUCUACACCAGCUGUGGCCAUAGGGAGGGCUGUACCCCAGAAGGUCGCAAUGGAGAUGCUGUUCACAGGAAGUCCAAUCUCGGCCCAGGAUGCUUUGCUGCAUGGGCUGGUCAGUAAGGUGGUUCCCGAGGAGCGUCUGGAGGAGGUGACAAUGGAAAUGGCCAGACUUGUGUGUCAGACCAGCCGUCCUGUCGUAGCGCUUGGCAAGGCUACUUUCUAUAGACAGAUGGCCCAGGGUCGAGAGGCUGCCUAUGCCACCGCCUCCAGGGUCAUGGUGGAUAACCUGUCUCUGAUAGACGGGCAGGAGGGCAUACGCGCCUUCUUCGAGAAACGGAAACCCGUGUGGACGAACAGCAUGGACAAGGCUCACGAGUGAUGGUGUCCGAGUGGGUUCUAGAAUUCUCCAUCAUUGGGUCCACCAACAGAGGGAGACAGCCAUUGAUGCCCUAGGGUUGUGCACCACAUUUUCUGAUUGAAGGGUUUUGACAUACAGAACAUGGGGACAAAUUAUGUCAACACUCAGCUGUACAUAUGUAGACUAAAGGUUUUGUUCCUGUGGUCUUAUUGAAUCAUCAUUUACUGUAAUAGUAGAGUAAGCCAUCAGUCCACUGGCUCAAGAUGUUUUAAGAUGGGAUCUGUUUUGAUUCAAUUGCUGCUGAUUACUAUUGUACCAAGGGUGUUGCUGCACUUUCUGUAAUGUGUGAGUAGAAGGAAGGAAAUACAUCUUUGAGAAGGUAAUGGAGUGCAUUAUUAAA